UAGGUAAUAAAUUGGAUUUGGCAGAGAGUAGACAGGUAUCCACUGAAGAAGCUACAAACUAUGCUGCUUCGCAUAAUUUAUUAUUCCAUGAAACAAGUGCCAAAGAUGCCAUUCAUGUAGAUGACUUAUUUAAAUCCAUUGGCCGUCGUAUACCAUUAUCGCCAGUUCAUGUUAUAGAGGAAGUGCCCAAAAUUGCUCCUAUUGAUCUAAACCAAGCCAUUGACAAAAAGAGCAAGGCCUGUGCUUGUUGAGAUACGUCACACAAACACACACAUAGUUUUUUCCAUAUCUUUUUAUUCCCCAUUCAUUCUUUUUUUUUUUUCUUUUCACUCUUCAAUGUUUCAACAAUUUAAAAAUAUAUUCCCUAAUGCUUCUCUACGUUCAAUAACUGAGUCUGUUGGACUUCCCGAAACAGAAUGGAACAGAGGUGUUGAAAGAUUAGAAGCCCUCAAGACAGAAUUUCAAAACUUGAACUCGAUAUUCGUCACUCGUCAAGAUUCCAAUGAAACACCCUCAGAAACGACACCAGAAGCUUGUUCUAUCACAGAGCUUGAAGCCACCGGCAAACUCAUCCACAAUUUACAAAAUGGUUGGAAUACCAUACACAGCAAUGCUCAAUCCAAUAUCCAUAAAGCAAAGACAGCAGAUACUCUACUUAGACAACUCCAAUCAACAGCCGAGAUGCACGAUACUGUGUGUGAACACAUGGAGAAUACACCAUCCAUCUUGCAAGCAAUGCAAACCGACAUGGUAGCCAUUGAAAGCUCCGCUACUCAACUUUUGAAAGUCCUGCUUAAAUUAGAACAGCAAAUAGACGACAUCUCCCUCGAUUAUGAGCGACAAGAGUUUCAAGCUUGGAAGGAAGCACAGGACCGUGCACUCGAAGGGGAGAUGCAGCAAAAGAGACAGUUACUGCAACAAAAAGAGAGCCAAUUAAAGCGCGAGUUUGAAGAAUAUGACAGGAUCCAGAAACAGACAAAGCUCGAGUUGUACGAAGCGAAUUUCAAUGCUGAAUUAGAGGAUUAUAAACGACGAAGAGAGACACAGGUUUCUUCACUCUAUGCGCAACAUACAACGGAAACUGUGACAAGCUCAUUAGAUGGACUACAAUUAGACGAUAAAGGAAAAGAUCUCGACAACUUUUUAGGGUCAGAGAAACCUAAGAAAAAGAAAAAGAAAAAGAAGACAAAGCCUAUUGAUUCGAGUGAUGAAGAAGAUGAAAGGCGAGUAGAGAUUUUACAGGACGAAGACUACCAAGACUUUUAAAUUUUUAGAAAUAAAUGGGGUUUUUAUUUUGUUUAUCGAUUUUCCCAAAAGUGCAUAAGCGUGCGAUAUUGAAUUUCUUCACGUGUUAGCGAUGGUGAUAGGUAUAACAAGCUGAAAUAGUGCGCUUUGGCUGUUUCGGCAAGGGAAGUACAUACGUUACUCGUGGUUGGGAUAGAAAAGCAUUGUCUCGUCAGUACGCCCAGCUCGGGGUAAUAUGUU